UUGGCGUUUAAAGGCUCCGCGGCGGCAAAAGGGCGGCGAGUGGCGGCAGCGCGGGAGGAGCGGCCUGAGGGCUCCUGGUUCCCUCUGCUCCGCUUCGGGAGCGGCCGCGCUUCCUGGCCCUGGCAGCGCCCGGGCGGAGCGGGGAGAUGGUGUCCAGCGCCGCCGAUCGGCUGCUGAUCGUCGUCUCUGUGCUGGAAGGGCGCUGUUUUCCAAAACGACCCAAGCACAUGCUUAUAGUUGAAGCCAAGUUAGAUGGUGAACAGCUGGCUACUGAUCCUGUAGAGCAUACUGAUCAGCCUGAAUUUGCUACAGAAUUGGCUUGGGAGCUUGGUAGGAAAGCGCUUCAUCAGCACAGGCUGCAGCGCACACCUAUCAAGCUCCAGUGUUUUGCAUUGGAUCCUGUAUCUUCAGCUAAAGAGAAUAUAGGCUACAUUGUACUGGAUUUAAGGGCUGCACAGGACAAGAAACAGACACCUAAAUGGUAUCCUUUGCUUGGUAACAAGUACCCUAAAUUUAAGCCUGAAAUACAACUUGGUGUUGCAUUGGAGACAGAUUCAAAAGCACUGGUCCAUGAUUUUAAAGCAAAAGAGGCACCCUCUAGAGAAGGGAAGGUACUCACCCUUUUUCCCGGACUAGACCCUAAAAGUAUUGUGCCAGUCUUGAAUGAAGAAGAGGGCUAUCAUCAAAUUGGACCACCAGAGUAUUGCAGAGAACACUUUGUCUUGUCUGUAACCAUUGCAUUUGCCACACAGUUGGAACAGUUAAUUCCUAGUACUAUGAAGCUCCCUGAUCUACAACCUGAGUUUUUUUUCUACUACUCAUUACUGGGAAAUGAUGUCACAAAUGAACCUUUCACUGAUUUAAUUAAUCCAAACUUCGAGCCAGAAAGAGCUUCAGUUCGAAUACGUAGCACAGUAGAAGUUCUUCAUGUUUAUCUUUGUGCGCAGUCAAAAUUGCAGAUCCAUCUUUGCUGUGGGGACCAUUCUCUUGGAAGCACUGAAGUACCCCUGUCUGGACUACUGAAGAAAGGAAAUGUGGAGAUUGAUCAACACCCUGUGGCAGUAGAAGGACCAUUUGUCCUUGUUGCGCCAAAUAGAGCUAAACAGAAACUGCCACAACUGCCAAUGGAUCUGGUUCCUGCUGUUGGGGUAUCUGUAAUUCUUCAAAGGGAGAGCUUGACUACCCAGCCUUUGAUUCCCUUAAAUGCUGCGACUGAACCCAAACAGCCACAGGAGAAAGUUCUUUCACCUGUUAGUGGAAAAACAGAGAGCCUGCAGCAGAGAUCCCAAACUGUGCCACCUCAAGCUGACCAAUGUUCUUCAAAAGAAGAUGUAGCAACAGAAAGUGAAGUGGAAAGUCUUAAGUUUGAAAAAGGCACAAAACCACAGAAAAGGGGUCUGGUGGCUGGCUGCCCUCAAGAGGUUAACAAACAGUGUCUUGAAGAGCUUCCAGCUUUGAAAUUGCAGAGCAGAGCGAAGUCACCUCAGUUAGAUGUGCAAAAUCCCACUGAUAGUGGUCCAGUAGCGAUAUCUCAGCCCAACCCUGCCGGUGUGUCCAGUUCUUCUGAGCCUGUGUCAGCGCAGAAAAUUGUCAUUCCAGCAGCCUCUCACCAUUUUUGCUUUUCAAUAGACUUAAGAAGUAUACGUGGUCUGGAAGUUGGUUUUCCAAUAAAUUGCAUUUUAAGGUACUCGUAUCCUUUUUUUGGCAGUGCAGCACCUAUUAUGACAAGUCCACCUGUAGAAGUCAGAAAGAACAUGGAAGUCUUUCUUCCAAAGUCAUAUUGUGCAUUUGACUUUGCAACUAUGCCUCAUCAGCUUCAAGAUACUUUCUUCAGAUUGCCUCUGCUGGUUGAAUUGUGGCACAAGGAUAAAACAGCCAAAGACUUACUUCUAGGGGUGGCAAGGCUUCAGCUUUCAAAUGUUUUGGCUUCAGAAAAAACCCGCUUCUUGGGUGGGAAUGGUGAACAAUGCUGGCGCCAGACUUGUAAUGAAACAGUCAGUGUCACAGCACCACAAGGGUCAGGUAGCAGAAUAGCCGAGCUUUCGUAUGCCAUCACCUUGGAAGACUACGGGCUUGUGAAAGUGCAAGAAGUUAUGGUGUCAGAUUCUUCUCAAGAUAUGGGUGCUGGUCAGCAACGGGAUGUCCCUCCCACUCAGCCUUGCUGUGCCCCAGAAGACCAUCCAGAACCUCGAGAAACUCUGGAAUACAAAGCAGCACUGGAGUUAGAAAUGUGGAAGGAAAUGCAAGAGGACAUUUUUGAAAAUCAGCUUAAAAAGAAGGAAAUGGUCCAUAUGCAAGCACUUGCAGAGGAAUGGAAGAAAAGAGAUAGAGAGAGAGAGGCAUUAGUGAAGAAAAAGGUAGCAGAAUAUAAUGUUAUGGAAGAACAGCUUCAGAAAACCCUGAAAGAUCUGGAUAAGCGAGAGCGACAGCUUUUUAGUGCUGAAUCGGAGCUUCAAAGAGUAAAGAAGGAGUUGCAAGCAGAGCAUGAACGAAAUCUGCAGGUGCUCCAGGAUUCUGUGCGUCGAGCCAGGGAGGAAUGUGCACACCAGCUUGAGCUAGAAAGGUCAAAAAUGAAACAGCUGGAAGAAGACAAGGUUCGCUUACAUCAGCAGCUUUAUGAAGCAGAAAAUAAGCAUAAGACUUUGGAGAAGGAGUUCCAGCAAUACAAAGAACAGCAAAGUAGCAAACCAGAAAUCCAGCUACAAUCAGAAAUAAAUCUUCUUACCUUAGAAAAGGUUGAACUUGAAAGAAAGUUAGAGUCAGCUACCAAGUCAAAGCUCCACUACAAACAACAAUGGACAAGGGCUUUGAAAGAACUUGCAAGGAUAAAACAGAUUGCCGUUGUGAGCAUGUUGCUGGACAGCAGAAACGUGUGGAUCAUUGAACUUCCCUGCCUGAAAUAGUAACACAUCAGCUUGUCAUGAAACCUGUGGUCCAACACACACUGUUUCUGGCCAGCAUGCAGUUAUGCCUUUCUUCUGCAGUGCAGUUGGAAGAAAGCUUUCAGAAUUUUUCCUCAUAGAUCUGAGUAAUAUACUGCACAAACAGAAGGACCGAAUUAAAAGGCUUCCACUCGGUGUAGUCACAGUUACGUGAUGAUUUGUGUUUAUGUGGAAGUAUUGCUGUCCUAGUAACAAGUGCGACUCUGUUUUGCAUUAGUUUUGCAGUAUUUAGCUUUUGGUCAAUUUUUGCGCAAUGUACCUUCAAAAAUAAUUCUCUCAUAGAAUUAUUGAGAUACACAAAUUUGACAGACUUAGAUUAAUACCCCAGCUUCCCAUGACAGUACCCCUAUUUUAAAAUGGGACAAUGAGAGCCUGAAUAAACUGAACUGCAGAACAAAGAGUUUUCUAAAGUUAAUCCUUAUCUCAUGAGCUGCAAAAAAAUUAUUGGACUGAAACUAAUCAUACUACAAAUCAGUGUAGGUUGAAAGGCUGAUAAGAGAUAAUGGCAAUUAAAAGUCCUCUCUCACGUAAGAGAGUUAAAUUUUUGACAUCACCUAAGAGGAAAAUGUCAAUCUCAUCCUCCACUGUAACAAGAUGGUUUUCCUACUGAUGAGUCAGUUUGCUUGUAAAUGCAUUCUUAUAUAAUUUAUUGUGAGGCCUUCAAGACUCUUACCACUGUUAGAUAAUGUUAACAGGAAAGCCAGGAUGUACUAGACAAAUUAAUUUCAAAACCAGAACUUGGAUAUGCAGGGUGUAUUGUAUCUACUUCAGUGAUAUCUGUGCUAAGUUUCUUUAUACUUGUUGUCUAAUCAGGAGAAGUAGCUAAUCACCAGACUGAAUUACUGGAUUCUUUACUUGUAAAGACAGAUACCUAGAAAUUUCUAGAUUUCUUCUGUGUGUACAGGGCAACAGCUCCACCCCUGAGACUAAAUAGGACUUCUCAAAGGAGAUUUAAUGUACUCAAAAUUUUAUGUCUGUUUGAAUUAAGGUGUUAGUUACAACUGGUUUAGCUUGUUUGUUUGUUUGUUUGUUUCCUGGAAACAGCAGUAUUUUAAUUUGCUUAACUUUGUAAAGGAUUUAGCUUUAGGAAAAUCCUACAUAGGAAAAUCCAAUAGAAAAUUGAAUGGGGACACCAAGAGUAGUGAUUGAUAGUCUCAAAGAGAAGUAAAUAUUAGCUUGUCCUUAUACUUGUAGAUUCUAUGUAAUUGAGGUAAUCAGAUUGACUGUCAAUCUAUUUACUUGUUCUGUUAAUUGAAAUUGUGCUAGUUUUGUGGCAGCCUGCUUGAGAUAAGAUCAUGCUCAGUGUUUUUUCUUACUACCUGCAUUUAGCAAAAUAAACAACUCAACAUUAUUGCAACUAUCAAAAUAGUUGCAAUAGUUCCAUUCUUCCUCAUA